AUGGCGAAUCAAAAGCUCAUUCUCAUCAGUGCCCUUCUGCUCAUCAUAGCCUAUGUAUCCGCCCAUAGAACAAUCAUCACCACUGUGGAGAUCGACGAACCUGGAGUGGGAGCCGCGUCCCAGAGCUGCACUCAGGAGGUUGAAAGGAAGGACUUGAGCUCCUGCGAGCAGUACAUCGGACAAUCGAGGCAACAGCCAGUCUUGGCGCUGCGUGGAAUUGAAAAUCAGGAAGCUGACGUCCCUAGGCAAUGUUGCAACCAAGUGAAGCAGUUGCGAGAUGAUUGCCAGUGUGAAGGGAUAAGGUCUGUGAUGAAGAAGCAGCUGGAGGAGGGAGAGGUAGGAAGAGAAGAAUAUAGACAGGCCGUGCGAAGGGCAAAUAAUAUAGCCUCUUCAUGUGGCUUGCGGCAGCCGUGCCAAAUUGAAGAAGCAUCUUACUAA